CUGGCGGGGACACUGCAGUCUGCCCUUAUUCCAGCCGUCAGACUAUUGUUCCUUUUUUUUUUUUUUCUUUUCUCUCUUUGACAGCGGCGCCAACCCGUCUUCGUGCAACAAAUUUUUACGCAAAGCACGCCAGAGCCCGUUCAGAAAACCCCGUAUUUUUCCUCCUCUUUGAAACCGUCGCUUCUUUGAUCUAGAGGCUACUGGGUGGUCAUAACCGAUCCUUUCACUAAACGUGUGGCCCUACUGAGCUGUUACUUAUCCGACAACCUUUUUUCCCCCGUUCUUCGCUGGCUUCUGGUCGUAAAUAACACGACCCGGCCAGCUAUCUGGCACUACAGCCAUAUUUUGCACCACACAUAUUUCGGGCCCGAGCACCCACCUCACUCUUUUUGGGGGUCGCGCCUGAUCCAAAGAAAUGGCCAUGUUGGCUUCAAAGUCGCCCUUUCCGGCCCCUCUGGGCACGUCAGGCUCAGGAAUGAUGUCUGGCACAGCACAAUCAUCAUACCCUCCCUCCAGACGAGCACCAGCUGUACCGCCUGCCAGCCAGUCCUUCAGCCCGACCGAGUCCGAGUUCUCCGACAACGAUGAUCAUGAUUCACCAAAGCACUGGGACGAAGACAAGGUCUGUGAAUACCUGAGAAGCGUCCGUUGCGGCGAGUACGAGAAGCUCUUCAGGAAAAACCACAUCAAUGGCGAGAACCUCCUUGAGAUGGACAAGGAUGUCCUCAAGGAGAUGGGCAUCGAGAAGGUCGGCGACCGAGUACGCUUGUUCCUCAGCAUUAAGAAGCUCAGGACAAAGGCCAUCGCCGGCCAGAAGAAGAGGAAUAGAGAUUCCUUUGGCGGACACGAGAGCAUGUAUACUCCCGUAUCCGAUUCUCCCAGCAAGCCCUUCCACUCUAGCAGCUGUGCCAUGCCCAACACCUCAGUGAACAAAAGAUACUCUCGUCAGAUUGACUUGAGCGGCAUGGCAUAUGAUCCCUCCAGGCCAGCCACUUCCUCGAGGCCAACAUCGCCGCUUCCCAGUGCUGACUUCCGGACCGCGCGCACACGAAACCCAUACGUUGGACAGCAGCCCACUCCCACUGGGUCGAUGAGGGGACUUGGAUCACCACCCGAUAGCCAGGCAAACUCACGACCGGUAUUAACCCAUACCAGGACCGACUCCGGUAUGGACGGAUCGCUGAUGGCUGCCUUACCACAGAACCAAGAUGUCAUUCGUGUCAUCUCUACAGGGGGCGUCACCAAGGUUGUAAAGAUUGCCGACUGCAACACGUGCGAGGAGGUCAUGCGGGUGACAUUACGCAAAUUCGCGUUGCGAGAGGAUCACGAAAGGAAUUAUUGCUUCUGGGUUCUUUCUGGACUUGACCCGGAUCCAAAGCAGUGCCGUAGACUGGGAGACACUGAGCUUUGGCGCGUAAUCAAAGACCAGAAGCGCCCGGAGCGCAACCGACUUAUCCUUCGUCGGGUACCGGCUGGCGAGCCAGGCCAGUCUGAGCUCGAGAGGGCUGCCGCGAUUGCCAUGGAGGAGGCUCAACAAUCGCACUCCCGUGCUAUGGACAGCGUUGGACCGCGUAGCCAAAUAAAGGUGCAAAAGGUUCUCGGCGAAAAUUGGGACAACCUCCAGCCCCCGCUCUCUCCCGUCUCAUACCAGGAUCGCGAGAGGAACGUUUACAAUGCUGCUCGUGACCUAGAGAGACCAGAACCUCUCGAUUCUGGCCGGCUGCAGCCUAGGAGAAAGGUUUUGAGGUCUUUCGGUGGCCUCAGGCCUCCGAGUGAACUCAUCGCCUCUGACCUCACAACAUAUUUCCCUGAUCACCCACGGGAGGAUAUUGAUCGGACUGCGAGACUGUCUAUGCGCAGAUCUGCACGCCUUAGCAAGGUUAACAGCCGCCUCAGUGUUGCCAGCAGUUUCAGCAUGGCCUCGAGCAUCCAGGAUGCUCCUCCUAUCCCUACCAUCGCCGAUAGCUGGCUGCAGUCGACUCCCUUGCCCAAGGCUCGCCCCCGAGACUUGCAGAGUAGGCUUCAGCAUGGCUACCGUGACUCGGUGGCGUCGUCUAUGCUAGACACGCUCCAGGAGGAAGGGUCUCCCAUCGAGCCGAAUCGCAAGUCUUAUGUUUCGUUUGCCGACAGUGGCUCAGAUUCUGCUGCCGUGAGCGUCACGGACCCCGACGGAAACAUUGUCCGCCACAGCUACUUUGAUGAGGGCAGUACCAUUGGUUCUGGGUCCGGCUCUGGCUCGUUUGGCGAUGUCAGCAAAGCCCUCAAUGAGGAUGGUGAGGACGCCGACGAAGAUCUACAGAGCUUCCUGUCUGGCGAGUCUUGGGAUGACAGCAAAUGGAUGAAGGGAGCACUCAUCGGACAGGGAUCGUUUGGAUGUGUCUACCUUGCUCUUCAUGCUAUUACAGGAGAGCUCCUUGCCGUCAAACAAGUCGAGGCUCCCUCGCCUGGUGCCAACAGCCAGAACGAUGCCAGAAAGAAGAGCAUGAUUGAGGCCCUCAAGCGCGAGAUCAGCUUGCUUAGGGAUCUCCGCCACCCCAAUAUUGUGCAGUACCUCGGCUGUGGUUCCUCUGCUGAGUAUCUCAACAUUUUCCUCGAGUACGUUCCCGGUGGCUCGGUCCAGACCAUGCUCAACUCGUAUGGCGCACUACCAGAGCCUCUGGUCCGCAGUUUUGUGCGACAAAUUCUGAACGGUUUGUCGUACCUCCACGAACGUGAGAUCAUCCACCGAGACAUCAAGGGUGCCAACAUCCUUGUCGACAACAAGGGCACCAUCAAGAUCUCGGACUUUGGUAUUUCAAAGAAGAUCGAGGCGACCAACCUUCUCAACGGUGCCAACAACAACAAGCACCGGCCCUCGCUGCAGGGUUCGGUGUUCUGGAUGGCACCUGAGGUGGUCAAGCAGACAAGUUAUACCCGCAAGGCCGACAUCUGGUCACUUGGCUGCCUGGUCGUCGAAAUGAUGACGGGUACACACCCAUUCCCGGACUGCACACAGCUGCAGGCCAUCUUCAAGAUCGGUGGGGGCAAGGCAACCCCGACUAUCCCUGAGGAUGCGAGCACAGAGGCCAAGGCCUUCCUGGCCCAAACUUUUGAGAUGGAUCACAACAAGCGCCCUAGCGCAGAUGAUCUCAUGCUCAGCCCCUUCUUGACUCCUAUCACGUAAUUAAUGAGUGAGGAGUGAGGAUUAUUUGUUCAUAACCAGAACAUAUAUCUCGAGCCAUGGCUCACAAACUCUGCUUCUAUCAUCCCCUUUACUUGUAUACAUUUUUUUUUCUCUUCGUUUCUCUGCCGGCAGAAGUGCCGGCUACACCUUUUAAAGCAUAAGACUUUAUCUGUAUGAACUCAUGAAGCCAUCAAGACAGCGCAGACGGGCGGGCAUAAAUGUUGGAGUUUUUGGUAUAUAGGUCGAAUUUAACUGGCCAACAUUGGCUAUUUAUACACUGA